AACCUCAAAAGUGCUGUGUUAUUAGUUUUUGCAAAUAAGCAAGAUAUGAAAGGUGCAUUAACUGCUGCACAGAUAUCUGAAGCUUUAAAUUUAACAAGCUUAAGAGAUCGUCAAUGGCAUAUACAGGCGUGUUGUGCGUUAACCGGAGAAGGCUUAUUUGAAGGACUUGAUUGGAUUGUGAGCCAAAUUGGAAAUUCUUAA